CUAGCGGGUAAGCCCAACAUGACUUCUAUGCAUAUCAAUCAUCGCAUUCUCUGUGAUGGAACUCUGGCCCAAAUUUUAAGAAAUGGGCAUGGACUUGCUUACCUUGAUUAUGGAGCACAAGCCUUGCACAGGAUUCUACCACAGAUGGGAACGUGAAUUCGUCGGCAAAAUGGGGUUUUCACUUCGUUGGGAAUUUUGCUUUAGCAUUUGCUUACAAAGAGCCAUCAUCUCUAGGCCGGUGUAGAGGGUUGUAUCACUGCAUUGUACAAAAAGGUAUUUGAUUCUACGACUUGCUUCAAAAUCAAGCCUGGAUAAUUCAUAUCCUCGCUACUAUCACACGCAUCAACAAUUUUUUUUCACCAGGAAGCUGCUCUGUGACAGUGAGUACUUGAUAAUGAGAGCAUGGUUUCUCUUCAGUUCUUCUAUGUUCUUGCAAUUUCGCAAAAUGGGUACAAAGAGAUUUUCCAGUUCUUUGAUUUCAAGGCUCCAAUUCCUUUGCCAUUAUUGACCGUGACGUUGAGAAUUUUGGUCUCUGAUAAACUAUGAAGAAGUUUUCGUUCUCAGUUUUGAGUGAGAGGCAAAGACUUGCAGAACUGUUGCGAUGCUGUUCGAAAAAAUGGUUACUUAAUCAAGGACUGCAAGUGCAUGGAGCCGUAGUAAAAGGAGGGCUUGGAUUUGAUUUGAUGUUGAACAAUGAUCUUAUAGAUAUGUAUGGGAAAUGUGGUAGAGUGAAUGCUGCUUGUGCUGUGUUUGAUAGAAUGCUUGAAAGAAAUGUGGUUUCUUGGACAGCUCUUAUGUGUGGGCACAUACAGAAUGACAAUGCCGAAGAGUCAUUAUUUCUACUAUCUCAAAUGGGAUUAUCUGAUGUAAAACCGAAUCAGUUCACUUUUUCGAUGAAUCUUAAAGCGUGUAGUAUGUUGAAUCUUUCUGAUACUGGGAUGCAGAUUCAUGAUACUUGUGUGAAAACUGGAUUUGACAUGGUGAUUGUAGUGGGCAAUUCUAUAGUUAAUAUGUACUCAAAGUGUGGAAGGAUUAAUGAAGCUGCCCGCAUGUUUGAUGUUAUGCCAGUUAGAAAUCUUGUAAGUUGGAAUUCAAUGAUAGCAGGGUACAAUAUUGCAGGAUUGGGUAAGAAAGCUGUAGUUUUGUUUCAAAAAAUGCUAGAAAAUGAGCAAGCCCCAGAUGAGUUCACAUUUACAAGCAUAUUGAAGGCUUGUAGUGGUCUUGGUGCAAUAAAGGAAGGAUCCCAAAUUCAUGCUUUCUUGGCCACUAGUGGUUUUCCAUAUCUGAUUACAACUAGUAUUGCUGGUGCUCUUAUUGAUCAUUAUGUGAAAUGUGGGAAGUUAUGUGAAGCUCGGAGAGUGUUUGGUCAGAUUGAACAGAAGCAUGUGAUAUCAUGGAGUGCACUAAUUCUUGGCAAUGCUCAAGAAGGUAACCUAGCUGAAGCGAUGGACUUGUUUAAGCAGCUUAGAGGGAGCGACAUCCAACCAGAUGGGUUUGCUCUGUCAAGCAUGAUAGGUGUGUUUGCUGAUUUUGCACUUGUGGAGCAAGGCAAGCAAAUGCAUGCUUAUACCAUCAAAGUCCCGUCAGGUUUAGAAAUAUCAGUAUGCAAUUCAAUCGUGGAUAUGUAUCUCAAGUGUGGAAUGAUGGGUGAGGCCGAGAGAUUUUUCGCAGAAAUGGCAAUGAGAGAUGUGUUUUCUUGGACAAUUAUGAUCAAUGGCUAUGGGAAGCAUGGUCUUGGUAAAGAGGCUGUUUUUCUCAUCAACAAAAUGCAAUCCAAUAAUAUUGAGCCUGAUGAUGUUACUUACUUGGCUGUACUUUUAGCAUGUAGCCAUUCUGGACUAAUUGAAGAAGGUCAAGAAUACUUCUCUAGGUUGUGUAGUGAUCAUAGGAUUAAAGCUAGAGUGGAGCAUUAUGCUUGUAUGGUUGAUCUCCUUGGCCGAGCAGGGCGCUUAAAAGAAGCUAAGGAUAUCAUAGACUGCAUGCCUCUAAAGCCAAAUAUAGGGAUAUGGCAGGCAUUGCUCAGUGCUUGCAGAAUUCACGCAGACGUGGAAUUGGGGAUAGAAGUAGGUGAGAUUCUCUUGAGAUUAGAUGGUGAUAAUCCUGUCAACUAUGUGAUGCUGUCAAAUAUUUAUGCUGAUGCUGGCUACUGGAAUGAGUGUGAGAGAGUAAGAGAAUUGGUUAAGACAAAGAGGUUGAAGAAAGAAGCAGGCCGCAGUUGGGUAGAGAUUGACAAGGAGGUCCACUUCUUCUACGGUGGAGAUGACACACACCCACUCAUAGAGAAAAUACAUGAAGUCUUGAAAGAAAUGGAGAAGAAAAUGAAAGAAGAGUUGGGUUAUGUGUACGGAAUGAAAUAUGUAUUGCGUGAUGUGGAAGAAGAAUCAAAGGAAGAGAGCUUGAGAUUUCACAGUGAGAAGUUGGCAAUUGGGUUGGCUUUGGUUUGUGGUGGCUGGGAAAAGAGCGGAGGGGUGAUUCGCGUCUUCAAAAACUUGAGAAUUUGCGGGGAUUGUCAUCAGUUCAUCAAGGGCUUAUCGAAAAUCCUGCAAUUGGUAUUUUUAGUGAGAGAUGCUAACAGAUUUCACAGGUUUGAGAAUGGACUGUGUUCUUGCAGAGAUUAUUGGUGAUAUCGUGGGUUCUCGAAUUUGAAUUCUGAGAUUAUUGGUGUUGAGUGUUUCAUUUAUAUUAAAAAUUAAAUUUAUUUUGGUCAUAUAA